AUGAUUUUUCAAAACAACCUCUCCAAUUUAACUAACUACGCGUUGAUCUUUGCUACCGUUGUGGAAACAGUGUGUGCUCCAACUAUAAUCUACCUAGCUCUCUAUCAUUCCAAACAAAUGAAGAGAUAUCGAUACCUGAUCAUCAACACGGUCUUCUGGAGCCUUCUUUUCGAUUGGAUAACGUUCUUUAUGAAGCCGCAGUUCACCUUCCCAGCCGCCUGUAUUCUAUAUCUCAACCCAUUGAUGGCUUAUGGGCCAGCGUAUUUAGUUGGGACAGCAUUGCUUAUGGCGUUGUUUGUGAAUGUUGAAAUGGCGGUGGUGUGGAGCUUCAUGUAUCGAUAUCUCAUGGUAUGGCCGGAGAAACUUUCAAUAGGUUCUUGAUUAGACAUUUAUUCUCACGAUCAGCAUAUUUUUAGGCCUAUCCUGGACGAAUCGGAAACGCUGUGGAGAGCGGAAAGGCCGCGCCAAGAGUGAUGAUAAUUGUGCAAAUCCUCGUCCACUUUAUUUGCUUUUCUCCCUUCACAACUGUUGGAUUACCGGGCAAGUGUAUCAAUGCGAGUUUUUUAGAAAUCUUCAAGCUUCGCACCCAUCCUAGCAUGUUUUUGAGCCUCUAGGCUAAGAAAACUCCCUUUUCUCAACCAACAGAUACUAUUCCUACUCACAAUUUUUCAAUCGCUCUCUUCAUUUUACAGGGUGUUUCAAGAAAUUCCGCGGAAAUUUUUCGUCGAUUUCUCGGCGCUCAGCCAUGAUAUAAAAAAAAAUUCUUGCAGUAGAAAGAAGAAUAUGGGCGGUUUCUUGCCUAAAAAGAUUUUUUUCUACGCCGACGCGGAAGAAUCGGCGGAGGCCAUAAAUCAUCUUCGGACAAAGAAACAGAGUCGUGAAAUGGCUCAAAAUGAUUAUAUGCUCUGUAGUGUGCGCUAGGACUUUAUGAGCCAUUGCCAGUAGUCCGUCCCUUCACCGAUCGAUUUCAGAUGCUUUAGCAAGCCUAAAUCCCAUUUAAAUGCUACAUUUUAGACACAGCCGUCGACGAUGCCGCAUUUCUUCAGGGGCUCCCACAACUUUUUGAAAAACGAAACGAGUUCGGGCAUUUUUGCGCUGUUGGAGUCCCAACGACAAGAUCUAUCGCGUAUUAUGGAUUUGUCUUAUUGGGAUGCGUUUUUGUUGUCGGAAUUAUAUUGUAUUCCAUUUUGUUUCAUAGGGUGAUAAUCCAGAAGUCGAAACAAUUCAACAUGGGAAGUACACAACGAAUGCAUCGUAUGUUGUUCAAGGUAAAAGCCAUUCAUCUUUCAGUCAACGUAAUUGCCGAUCUUCAGGCAGUCUCAGCCCAACUAUUUAUCGGCUAUGUCAUGCUGCUGAUUCCCACGGCAGUUUUGGUGUAUGCAUUGUAUGCCGAAUGGGAAGAGGGGACCACAAUUGUAGCCGUUGCAGUCAUGUUCGUCCAGCUGCAUGGCUGUGCCGACUUCCUGGCAAUGAUCUAUUUCAUCACGCCCUAUAGAAGGAAACUCAUGUCUGUAUUCAGAGAAAAGUCGGUGAUUAAAAAUGUUCGCCUAAGCCAGAUAAGCCAUAGUGUUUGA